AUGUCUCUAGACGAAGAAACCCUGGAGACGGUCGCCAAUGGCGGCUCGAUAGACUUUGAGAAAUGGCCUAGCAUGGUAGAACCGUUGCUCGAACGAUUGGAAUAUAUCGUUUACAAUGUCUUCCCCAUGCCCCAAGUGUCGCCAGAAUCCACCGCACCUAUCUCCCAGCCACAGCCAACCUCCAGCCUCUCCACCUCCUUCCUGCAAGAGCCCAAUUCAAUACCCACAAGCAGCAAUAAAGAGAAUGCCACCCCAGCAGACUCCCAGACAUCCACACAGCCCACAGAGCCCUCGGGCGAGCGCAUUCUCGACACACAGCCUCAGUCUUCUGCCAGUCCAACUCUGCCCACUCCCCUCCAUUUACUGCUAGACUCCGCCAAAUCAACAUUGAGGUCGCUGUUCAGCACCAAGCCACCGCAUACGAUCCAAAGGCUCGCAGAGCUUAUCAUCCGUCCUAACAAGCACUACAAGACCCUUCCCGCUUACUUGCGAGCGGUCGACCGCGUCGUGUCGGUCACUAGCAGCGCGGAUAUCUUCCCGCUUAAGACCCACGCAAGCGGGGACCAGUCGAAUGGUAUUCUGAAUGGUGCGGAGAGUGGACUGAUGUUUUCGGAUCAUGCCCUCGGUAGCGAUGAGUCCUUGGGCGGUGCUCUUCUCACCCCCAUUCCUUGGUUGGGUAAUGUUGCUUCUCCGGAUGCUGAGGAUGAAGGUGGAGCUUCUCUUCCCGAAGAUCAUGACGCUAUGUCUGAAGCAGUACCACAGCAGCACCCCCUUCAGCAAGAAACCGACGGCGCCGCAGAGCCUGUACUUACCCAUCCGACAACAUCGGUUAUAGAGAACGAGGCGAUGGAAGACACUGGACCCCAACAGACGGACCCCUCAGAGGAUAUUCCCCAUGCUCGGGGUCCCCGGAUACUAGGAGUAGAGGACAUGGGCUUGCAAGACGGCAAGGGAGUCGAGAUGACGCUCGAGAACGAAGAAGCCAACAGCAACUCCGCCGAGGAAAACGGCCAGCAGGGCAGUGAUGCUAACCAGACUUCGACCAAAGAAAACGCAGAUGGAGACGGAGACAUCACGCUAGACGACGCCAAAAACGCAAAUGCAGAGGUCGGCGCCUCCACGAAGGGAGAUGAGCAACCUAAACCCUAG